CUUAAAUCAUAUAUCCAAAUAAGGUUUUCUUGUCAUUUAAAAUAAGCCAUGUUUAGUUCUAUAACAAUAUUUUGUACACUCUUUUUCUUCCUUUUCAUCAUCUUCAAAAUCCAUCAUAGAAGAAAAUGUUGCAAAUACCCCAUCUUUAGAGAUUAUCCUUUUCUAGGCAUGUUACCAACAAUCCUUUGGAACUUGUGGAAUGUUCAUGAUUUCAUAACUGAGGAAUUGAAAAAACGCCAUAGAGGCACGGCUGAGUUCAUGGGACCAUGGUUUACCAACAUGAACUAUUUAAUUACUAGUGAUCCCAUCAACGUGCAUCACAUGCUUAGCAAGUGUUUCGACAAUUAUGUGAAAGGUCACGAGUUUCGUGAUAUUUUUGAAGCGUUUGGAAAUGGAAUAUUUGUGGCAGAUUCAGAGACAUGGAAAUACAAUAGAUCUCUUUUUCACUCUCUUUUCAAACAAAGAGGCUUUGAAUUUUUCCAAGAGAAAAUUAUUCAAAAUAAGUUAGAAAAAAGCUUGAUUCCUUUGUUGGAUCAUGUUCAACAACAAAGUUCAGUGGUGGAUUUACAAGAUGUAUUCAAUCGCUUCACAUUUGACAACAUUUGUUUGAUAGUUCUCGGAUGUGAUCCCAAUUGUCUUUCCAUUGAACUUCCUGAUGUUGCUUGUGAGAAGGCUUUUGAUCAAAUUGAAGAAUGCAUAUUCUAUAGGCAUGUUAUGCCAAAAAGUCUUUGGAUGUUACAAAAACUACUUCAAGUUGGUGAAGAGAAAAAGAUGACAAAAGCAUGCAAAGAAUUUGAUCAAUUUAUAUAUGCUAAUAUAGAGUCCAAGCGAAAGGAGUUAAAAAAGGGUGUGAAAAAUAUUGAAAUGGAAGACUUGUUAACCAUUUUGAUGAGAGACGAGAAACGGUCGGAAGUAGUAGUUCAUGAUGACAAGUUUCUAAGGGAUGCUGCUUUCAAUCUCUUUGUAGCUGGAAGAGAUACAAUAACUUCAGCCCUUACAUGGCUCUUUUAUCUUAUUGCUACACAUCCUUUAGUAGAAGCCAAAAUUCUUGAAGAGAUUAAAGAAAAUUUUGGGACUAUUAGUAUUGAAAACAAGUUAGGGGUUGAUGAUGUGAAAAAGCUAAUUUAUCUUCAUGGUGCUAUAUGUGAGGCUGUAAGACUUUUUCCUCCUAUACCCUUUGAGACAAAGCAAGCAAUCAAAGGUGAUAUACUUCCAAGUGGCCAUGUUGUUAAUCCUAAUACAACCAUACUAUUUUCUUUGUAUUCAAUGGGGAGAGUUGAAGAGACAUGGGGAAAAGAUUGCUUGGAGUUCAAGCCAGAGAGAUGGAUAUCUGAGAGAGGGGGCAUUGUUCAUGAACCAUCUUACAAGUUCAUAAGUUUUAAUGCUGGGCCUAGGACUUGUUUGGGAAAGGACUUGUCAUUCAUUCAAAUUAAGAUGGUAGCAGUUGCUAUUUUGUGCAAAUAUCAUGUCCAAGUAGUGAAAGGUCAUAUUCCUAUCCCAAAUCAUUCAAUAGUACUUCUUAUGAAGAAUGGUUUGAAGGUUAGGUUGACAAAAAGAGAAAUUUGAUGAGAGAUUUCUAUGUCAAAUUUAAAAAUCAUAGUCUCUUUAUGUGUAUGCAUUAAAAAAUUAUUAAGUAACAUAUUACUCUUUAAAUAUCUCGUAUAUUGUAUUCAAUAAUAUUAAAUAAAUAAAAGUGUUAUAUGCAUCAA